CGCUAAGAAAGUAAAACCCGAAUAUUUUUCUUCCUUUCUGCCGUCUCUCUCGAUUUCACUCUCCUUUUCCUUUUCCACAGCUUCUUCCAAAUUCCCCCAAUUUAAUUUCCCACUUUCUUUGGCCAUAAAUCAUAAUCUAGACUCGGACCUCGGAAGAAGUCGCAAAAUUGACUCCUCACCUUCCCCCACUCCCCAACUACUUCUUACUGCUUCACUCUUUACUGCUCCCCACUCUGCGACGACGACGACGACGAGUCUCGCUGCUUCGAGCUUCUUACGGCGAAAAGAAAAGAAAGGAAGGGACAAUUACCUAAGCAAGUCCCCCAAAGUCACCCGUCUUCUCCGAGAAACCCAGCUGGGGCCGUCUACAAAGAAAGUGGUGGGUUUACUUUCUUUUUUUCCUACUUCCAUCGUGCGACAUUCUUGGCGGGCGGAGCUGCGGAUUCUGGAGUUCCCCUUUCGUGGGGUUUUUUCUUUCCUUUUUGCUGGUUGAGCUCGGGAGAAGCGGUUCUAGGUAGGGGUUUUACUGUGUUGAGCUGUUGUUGGUGGGUUUUCAUGAAUUUGGGGAUUUUGAUGUGGGAGGUGGGGAUGAUCGUGGGCAUUUUAGCUGGCUGGAGCUAGGGGGCUUCGGAUUGAAUUAUGGGUUUGAUUUUGUUUUUGGAGUAAGAUUGUUAUCAGUUGGAAGAUUCGUUCUUUUAUGAUCUUGAUUAGGGUUCUUGAUAGGGUUUGUUUGCUUCUUCAAUUUCGUUAAGAUGGUAGUUCCAAGCGAUCAGAGUUGAAUUUUUGUGAGAAUCGUAGUGUGCAACUUAAUAGAGAAGGUUGAGGGCUAGGAGUUGAUCUUGAUUCCUUGUUAUUUUGCUACGAUAGAAGGAAAUUAGUAUGGUUUUAGUUGCUGGGAAAACUAAUACUUAGUUUCAGUUGAAUGAUUGGUGAUUCUGUGCCUAAUAUGGUCUUCCCAUUUCACAGGGGGAUUUCCUGCCAUGGAGCGAGAGAAGGGAAGCCAUGAAAGUCCCGGUCACGUAGUUGUUCACAUACCGGAACAGGGGAAUGUUACUCCUCCAGUAUCCUCAACUGUUAGCCCUUUCCAUGGUCUGGACUCAACCCAUGGAAGAUCACCCACUACCGAGGCACCACCUCAACCAUGCUCAUCGUCUGCUGUCCCAUCAAAUUCUGCUGCACAUUCAUCAUCUUCGCUCUCCUACUACAAAAUUAUUGUUUCUAUCAAGCUAACAUACAAUGCCAUCCUAAUUAUCGCCUCCACCAUUGUCUUGAUCUUGUCGAGACAUGAACGUCCAUCCAACCCACUGUUUUCUUGGAUUGUCGGUUAUAUAAUCGGGUGUGCUGCUAGUGUUCCGGUGGCUUUCAGGCAUUGCUUUCUUCCCCAUCCUAGACUCUGUAGACUGAUUGACCAAUUUAAGCUAGCACUGGAGCUGUUUUAUGCAUCGUGGUUCAUGGUUGGCAAUUACUGGGUCUUCACUGAAGAUGCAUCUGAUGAAGCUCCCGGAUUAUACAACCACUGUAUCGCACUCAUCGUUUUUAGCUACAUCAAGUAUGUUGGGCCUUUCGUUCUACAGGCAAUGGUAGUAUGCUGCUGUAGAGGUAUUCUGAGUCCAAUUGCAGGAGCCCCGACAGAAACCAUAGAUGCCCUCCCAACCUACAAAUUUAAAUUGGGGAGUUCUUCUGGGGAACUUGAUGGAGGAGCUGAAACCCAUGAUGGUGGAGUUGUGGGAGCAGGAACCGAGAGGGAGCGAAAUCUUUCAGGGGAUGAUGCUGCUUGUUGCAUUUGCUUGGCGAGUUAUGGAGAUGAUGACGAGCUGAAGGAGCUACCUUGUUCUCAUUUGUUCCAUGCAAGCUGUGUGGAUAUAUGGCUCAAGCUGAAGGCAUUUUGUCCACUCUGCAAAUGUAGGGUUGUUAGGGCCACAGGUGCUCCACCUUCAGCUCCAAGCUCAGUUCAGUGAAAAUGCCAAGAAACACGAGCCUUUGGAAGUGCACAUAUACGGAUUCUUCGGCUAACGUUGAUAGACUUGCUGUGAUUUGUUAGUUAGGGGGAACCAACUCAUUUUGCUGAAGUCAGCUUAGAGAUUGUGCAGAUAAUCUAGCUUUUUCCUUGUAGAUAGGGAAGUAGUUCUCCGUAGUGUUAUUGCUGAAUCUCAAGGCAGAAGAAAUAUGCAUGUGAAUU